AUGCCAGUCAAAAGGAACAACAGAAAUCACUACUGCACUAUUAGAUCAGCAACUUGCUAUUUCAAACAACCAAGUCCAAUAAUUUUUCAGAGCGUGACGCGUCCAAAGCCGUCAGAGGAAGAUGAAGAAAAGAAGGAGAUGGCUGAGGCGGCAUUCCGCGAGUGGUUGAAGCGUAAAGCAGCCGAGCCUCACACUCCACGCGCAUCACCAUCCAGGUCGCUGAGUAUGCCUUUGGGAGCAACCGUCGUUUCGCGCCACGGAUUCUGGAACCUGCGUGAACCAGGUCGCAUAAGGACAAUUGGUUCAAACCUUCUAUUGCUGCGAGGUGAAUUCUCAAAUAGAGCAGAUCUGUCUACAUCUGAAGGAGGAUGCACGGCAUCGUGUCUACAACAACUGGCUUCACAGCCGUCGUUUUGCGCAGUCACCUCAGUCAAACGGCGAAACAACCCCAUCGUCGGAAACCACGCAGAAGACGUUUUCGUCCUCAUAAAAACGACAACUAUUUAUGCAUUCUGCUUGACAAGAUACAGCUGCGGCAGCACCUCUGCAGGUCUGAGAUGGGAUGUGCUGCGCAUGUGA